AUGUCGGAUGCGUCGGACCACAAUGGCUUCGAAAACGAGCUCAGCUUCCGUGGUGGCCGUACCUCGAUCCGCCGCAACAAGGAGAAAGACAUGAUCGCCCAUAUUCCACACCGCAUCCGUUACGAUGGAAUUCCCUCCAUCCGCCCGAUCCCUGAAUUCUCAGACCAGAUCCGGCACCUGGCCAUCCACCCUACAAUCUUGAACGAGUCGUCAGGAGAUCUGCGCCGAUCCUUCGCUGCUUUUGAUAACCUAAAGACUACCUACCUAACUUCUCCUAAUCAGGAGGUUCACCAUUACGAAGUGGAAGGCACCAUUACGAAGUGGAAGGCCCAAAUGAUGCAGAAGAUGAUUUGUCCCCGCCGUAAACUCAUUUUUGAGUUAUCGACGAGAAGCAAUAACUUCGCCCAACAAAUCGCGCAGACGUCGAGACCGAACUCGAGGCCCGAGGUAUUAGCCGGGUCCGGCCGCCCGCCGCCCGCCGAGGAUGAUGGCUGCGUCUGGGAACUCAACAAUGUUGGACUCGUACGGGUGAUCUACGUGCCGUUGUAUGUGAUAGCGGCUUACGAGGGCAAUGGAGACAUGAUGCAACAACGCAUAAAUGGCCUCGACAAGACUCUAGAAUUGCAUGCUUGACAAACCCAAACCACGGCGUCACAUUAGAUAACUGCCGUUAGUCAGUCAUGAGUAAGAGAAGGGCCUUGGCUGAGUUCCAUCAUCCCGCUGGUCGGGUGGGAAUUUUAACCGCGCAUAAACACCCCUGCAGAAUGCUGCAGUCAGUCCCG